AUGCUCUUCAACUUGCCAGACUUCUUAGGAAUUCAAGCAAAUGUUGAAAGCAAUGUUCACAUCGUUUAUAUGGGAAGAAGGAAACACGAUGAUGUUGAACUCGCAACAUCAACUCACCAUCUUACUUCAGUACUGGGAAGUCAAGAAGUUGCACGAGAUUCAAUCAUCUAUAGUUACAAACAUGGUUUCUCAGGCUUUGCAGCCAAGUUAAUGAAAUCCCAAGCCCAAAAGAUUGCAGAAUUACCUGAUGUGCUCCAUGUAGUUCCGAAUCACUUUUACAAGUUGCACACAACAAGAAGUUGGGAUUACCUUGGCCUGUCCACAUCUGCUCCUCCAACAAACCUCCUUCAUCAAGCCAACAUGGGAGAUGGUAUCAUCAUAGGUGUCCUUGAUACAGGAAUAUGGCCAGAAAGUGAAGCAUUCAAUGACAAAGGCCUAGGGCCAAUACCUUCAAGAUGGAAGGGCCAUUGUCAGUCUGGUACUAAAUUCGAUGCAGCUAAGGCAUGUAACAGGAAACUAAUUGGAGCAAAAUACUUUUUAAAAGGUUUUGAAGCAGAGCUUGGUCGGCCAGCAACCAAGGAUCCAGAUUUUCUAAAUCAUGAGCUCGCGUCACCAAGGGAUAGAAAUGGACAUGGAACACACACAUCAAGCACUGCAGGUGGAUCCUUCUCACCAAAUGCAAGUUACCAUGGACUUGCUUAUGGUACAGUUAGGGGUGGACCUAAGGCACGGAUUGCUAUGUACAAGGUUUGGCUUACUGGAUUAUGUACCUCUGCUGAUAUAAUGAUGGCUAUUGAUGAAGCAAUUCAUGAUGGAGUUGAUAUUUUAUCAAUAUCCCUUGGCUUAGAAACACCUCAGUAUGCUGAUGUAGAUAUGCGAAGUCUCACUGCUUUUGCAUCCUUCCAUGCUAUCAUGAAUGGAACUACAGUUGUUUGUUCGGGAGGAAACGAAGGACCAUAUCCUCAAACUGUAGUAAAUACAUCACCAUGGAUCCUAACUGUGGCAGCUUCUAGUAUUGAUAGGUCCUUUCCGACACUCAUUGCAUUAGGCAGCAAUCGGACUUUUGUUGGUCAAUCCCAGUAUACUGGAAAGAAGACUGGUUUUAUCACUGCUCUUGAAAGUACACGCUUUUGCGACAACUUGGAUACAAAUGAUACGUGGGCGGCUGGAAAAGUAGUGCUUUGCUUCCUUGUUAAAGGGGAUGAGUUAGAUUUGCCAUCAACUCGACAACUUGUCCAAGAGGUUGGAGGCUUGGGAUUAAUUGUUGCUAAGAACCCAACCAGAACCCUGGAUUAUUUCGCUUCUGACUUUCCAAGUAUUGGAGUAAGUACUGAUGUUGGAGCUCAAAUACUCGAUUACAUUAGAUACUCCAGGAAACCACAAGUAAAGCUAAGUCCUACCCGAACUCAUGUUGGGAAGCCUGUUUCAACACAUCUUGCGUCUUCCUCAUCCCGAGGUCCUAAUUCUGUUGCCCCAGCUAUACUUAAGCCGGAUAUAGCAGCUCCAGGAGUCAAUAUAUUGGCUGCCAUUCCUCCUAAAGAAACUCCAUACGAAUUCGUAUCAGGAACGUCUAUGGCAGCUCCUCACAUUUCCGGCAUUGUCGCCUUGCUCAAGUCAUUGCACCCACAUUGGUCUCCAGCUGCUAUCAAGUCUGCACUUGUUACAACAGGUCUUUAGAAAAAUCCCAUUUCACGGGAACCAAUUGUAUCUGAGGGCAAUCCAAAUAAGAUUGCUGAUCCGUUUGAUAUCGGUGGUGGAAUCGUGAACGCAAAUGGUGCAAAAGAUCCCGGCCUGGUCUAUGAUAUGGGAACCUUUGACUACAUUCUUUAUUUGUGCUCAAUGGGCUAUAACAAUAGUGCCAUCGGUGUACUCAUUGAUCAAGCUGCAUCUUGUCCAAUCAAAAGGCCUUCGAUUCUUGAUGUUAAUCUUCCUUCUGUAACCAUACCUAGUCUCAAGAAAACAGUUAGUAUUAGAAGAACAAUCACCAACGUCGGACCAGUAAACUCCAAAUAUAAGGCCAUCAUUGAGCCUCCACUGGGCAUUACCAUAAAAGUAAAGCCUAAAACUUUGAUAUUCAACUCCAACACCAAGAAAAUCUCUUUCACUCUCACCAUUUCAACCACUCAUAAAUACACCACAGGCUAUUAUUUCGGGAGCUUAACUUGGACUGACAGGGUGCACCAAGUAAGAAGCCCUAUAUCUGUGAGAACCGAGUUCCCAGAACUUGUUGGCUAGAGUAAAGGAUGGAUGCAAGAGUUUGCUAAUUUAUGAUAAAUUAUUUAUCUCAAUGUACUUAUGUAAUCUAUGUAUGUACCAGGGGAUUCUCUUCUGAGCUUCGAUGCAUAAUAAGACUUUUUAU